AUGAAGCAUGACCGCCGAAGCAACCCUGGGAGCAUAGGUGCAGCCACAGGAGGAGCAGACCACACGCAGCAAGACAGAGGACAGCAGGAGCAGGUGCAGCCACAGGAGGAGCAGACCACAACGCAGCAAGACGGAGGACACCAGGAGCAGGUGCAGCCACAGGAGGAGCAGACCACAACGCAGCAAGACGGAGGACACCAGGAGCAGGUGCAGCCACAGGAGGAGCAGACCACAACGCAGCAAGACGGAGGACACCAGGAGCAGGUGCAGCCACAGGAGGAGCAGACCACACGCAGCAAGACGGAGGACACCAGGAGCAGGUGCAGCCACAGGAGGAGCAGACCACACGCAGCAAGACGGAGGACACCAGGAGCAGGUGCAGCCACAGGAGGAGCAGACCACACGCAGCAAGACGGAGGACACCAGGAGCAGGAGCAGGUGCAGCCACAGGAGGAGCAGACCACAACGCAGCAAGACGGAGGACACCAGGAGCAGGUGCAGCCACAGGAGAAGCAGACCACAACGCAGCAAGACAGAGGACACCAGGAGCAGGUGCAGCCACAGGAGGAGCAGACCACACGCAGCAAGACAGAGGACACCAGGAGCAGGUGCAGCCACAGGAGGAGCAGACCACACGCAGCAAGACAGAGGACACCAGGAGCAGGUGCAGCCACAGGAGGAGCAGACCACACGCAGCAAGACGGAGGACACCAGGAGCAGGUGCAGCCACAGGAGGAGCAGACCACACGCAGCAAGACGGAGGACACCAGGAGCAGGUGCAGCCACAGGAGGAGCAGACCACACGCAGCAAGACGGAGGACACCAGGAGCAGGUGCAGCCACAGGAGAAGCAGACCACAACGCAGCAGACAGAGGACACCAGGAGCAGGUGCAGCCACAGGAGGAGCAGACCACACGCAGCAAGACAGAGGACACCAGGAGCAGGUGCAGCCACAGGAGAAGCAGACCACACGCAGCAAGACAGAGGACAGCAGGAGCAGGUGCAGCCACAGGAGGAGCAGACCACAACGCAGCAAGACGGAGGACACCAGGAGCAGGAACGGGCUGGGGUGUGCUGCCUCACUCCAGCACUGAGCUGUCGGGCUCCACUCUGUGGCCAAACUGGCAAACCGCAGCGAGAGGCGCGCGGGAACUGACCCUAAACCUGCACACUUUGUAG